GGAGCAAAUUUUUAGGGUUGUGUUAUGCUCCUUAAAAAAGAGGUUCAUUUUUUUACCACAUGAUGAAAAUGUAAAAAAUAUAAUUGAUGAUUUCUACACAGCAUCUCAGUUUCCAAAUGUUCUUGGAGUUAUCGACGGAACUCACAUUCUUAUUGUGGCCCCACAUGAACACCCGCAAGUCUACGUGAACAGGAAAAAAUUCCACUCAAUUGUUCUUCAGGGUAUAUGCACCCAUAAACUUCAAUUCUUGCAUGCAGUUGCAGGUUGGCCAGGAAGUGUCCACGAUACAAGGAUACUUUGCAAUUCUGAUAUAUGGAAUAUUUGUCCUUUGUGGUGUGGCCCUAAUAAUCAUCUGUUGGGGGAUGGUGCAUAUCCGUUGCGAAGCUGGCCACUUAAACCAUUCAAGAACAAUGGUCAUCUUACGCGCAUUCAACGUCGCUUCAACUAUCGUUUGUCUUCAACACGUGCUGCAAUAGAGCGAGCAUUUGGCUUGCUUAAAGGCUGA